AUGUACUACUUGACCUUUAAGAUCGAGAAGGUGAAGUCCCAUCUUGGAAUCAUCCGCGACUACUGCGAGGCAGCGAAAGAAGAGGCAGAUUUGGCCUGGAAACUCAAUCAGGAUGACGUCAACUCCUUGUUGCAGCAAUCCAUUGGCAACAUUGAAAAGCAGAUGACAGAACAGCAGCUAGUGCUUUAUCGGCAAGAUCGUCUCCGUUUCAAAUCCUGGCUUACCCCGGUAGAAGUAGAUGACAGGAUGAAAUUCAUUUUGCGGGUUCGGACACCGGACACCGGUAACUGGAUCUUCAACGACCCGCACUUCCGAGCUUGGGCCUUUGGUGAUAGGCGAGGCAAGACUAACAACAAGCCACUGUUAUGGUUGUCUGCAGGCCCAGGUUUUGGCAAAUCAGUGCUCACAGCCUUUGUCACAAGUGACCUUCGCCGCUCAAACCCUACAGGAAUUGCAUACUUUCCGUGUAGCAGCAACGAAGCAGAUCGACGCAGCAUACCCGCGAUGCUACGCACGCUGAUUCACCAACUCUUCCGAGACGACGCCAUCACUGGCAAACCCCAUUACACAGUCACACCUGCCAACAUCAACCUCCAACAAGGGCUUCCUCAACCGAACAUGACGUCUUUGGUAGAUAUGUUCAAGUACAAAUCAUGGGAAGAGCCAAACAAAACGACUGUGCUUAUCAUCGACGCACUUGACGAAUGCCCCAAGACAGAAGAGAGUGAAGUCCAGAUAGAACAGCUGUUUACAUUAUUCGCCGAGCUGCCACCCAGUUGGAAGAUCAUGUUCACAUCUAGGCGCGCUCCGUGGUUUGAAGAGCUGCUUGAGGGACUCCCACAAGGGAAACUAGAGCGCCUUGUCAUGACCAAGAGGGACAACGAGCAAGAUAUCUACGCUUACACCCUUCACCAGCUUGACGAGAUGGCGAAAGCUAGUAAUUACAAAUGGCAAGACGGCUUCCGGCACGAGAUGGAGGAGUCGAUCGCACGCAAGUCGGAAGGAAUGUUUAAAUGGACAUACCUGGCACUGAAGACACUAGGUGGCUCGCGCAUCUAUCAAAGCGAUAUGGAAGAGGCACGGAAAGCCCUUGACAAAGUCCCGCCUGACCUUAAGGGUAUUUACGAGAAAGCACUCCGUGGUUUGUCAGAAGUCGAGGAUGAAACUACGAGAGAGGAUCUUACCAGCGCACUACGGUGGAUCAUCCGUGCCUAUCGUCCUCUCAAAGUCAAGGAGCUAGGCAUCGGUCUCGCUCAAGCCUUUGACGAGACCGAACAGAUCGACGACCUUCGCGAGAAACUUGAGCGUCAUCUUGGUGACCUUAUAUAUAUCGAUGCAAAAUCAGACACAGUUGGUCUGACGCAUACUUCCGCGAGAGAUUUCCUCGUCACCAGUCAGGAUAUCAAGGGCCCCGAUGGUAAAUCAAUGAUCCCGAAUCAAUUAGGCGAAAUUGACCGCGACAUCUUGCAGGCCUGUCUGACCUACUUGAACGAUCGCCAAUUCCUCGACGCCCAGCCAGGGGACUCUAAGACUCAAAAGGCUUUCAAUGACAAUCUGAUAGCAGAUGGGUUCUGGGAGUAUUCAUGUAUUGGAAUACUACAGCAUCUUGACGAAGUUUGCCGGACGCAGCAACUGGAUGAAAAAAUCAAGGUUCUACUCGACGUGUUCUUCCGGUCAGAUAAGAAUCAAGUCUUCUUGCGAUGGCUCCAGAUGUUCUGCUACCUUCGCUUCACCAACCGCAACGGCGCAGCUGAGGCAUACUCCACGCUGCUCGAUGCCCUGCUCGACAUGGAUUCUGGCGCAACCAAACCGCUUGCUAGCUUCUUGAAGCACAAGUUUCAAGAUGUUGUCGACCACAUUGGUUACUCGGCUGGCGGUCGCUUCCUCCGCUGGCAACGCUUCUUCACACAUGCCAUUUCUCCCUGCUUUAGUCCAACGCUACUAGCAUCGUUCUUUAACUUUCGCCCGGCGCUCGAGUUACUUGCGAAGGGAAACGAAACGUUGCACUACAAAAACAACGGAGCAAGAUGUGAUGCUGUAUACUGGUCCACAUGUGGCGACGCGCCGGAAGCACUAGCACUUAUGCUCAGUGACGAAUACAACCAUCGCUUCCCACAUUUUAAGGUUCCAACAAAUAACAGACAUGGGCUUGGGCAACCCUCGACGAUGAUUGAAGCAGUCUGGCUUCCGAUGGAAAUCAAGGCCCGUCCUGGCUCAUAUCCUGCAGCCAUCAUGCUUCUGGAUCAUGGCGCCCGCAUUUCUUGGGGGUUCGAGACAAUAGUGUUCGAGCAGCUUCCCGACACUGAGGGCGCUGGGGAGCUUGCAAAGAAGAUGUUACGGAUAAACCGAGCCUUUACUUUCUCCGACGACGCGGUAGGACGAGCCCUUCACUUUGCUGCUUUCACCGGCCAAUCCCAUAUGCUGUCGGCGUUUUGGGAGAGCAAGGACUUGCUCCGCAAUUUGGUAAAAGAAACUUUCCGGAAGGAAGAUGUGGACGAUAUUUUGAAGAAAGAUUCCUCUAUUCAAAAGCAGUUGGCGUUCGCCCGGUGGCGUGGCAUGAGUCCAAUGCAUCACGCGGCUGCCAAUGACGAUGCACAAUCAGUCCGGAUUCUUUGCCACAACGUGGCCAGAUUAGAUGACAUGAAGUGCAACUUUAACGCAUGGACUGUUAUGCAUGUACGUCGUCCUUACAACUUAUUAGAGAUGAAGUACUGA